AUGGAGCAACAAACCACUUUUGUCAGUCAAUCCGCUUUGUUAAAUAUUGAUUUGUUACAUAUAAUCUUUGAAUAUUUCGAGUAUCAGGAUGACAUGUUCAACGGAUUACUUGUACAUUCCUGUUGGACUUUGGUGCUCGUGAACAAAUUAUGGAAGAAACCGUCCUGGAAGUCAUCGAGUGUAUUUUAUAAAUUCAUGCGUACCCUCCGUUCCCACAACACGACUUUUCCUUACGCCAGCAUGAUACAACAUGUGAACUUCGCAAUAUCGAGUCCCCAUCAUCCUGAAAUCUCAAUUCUUCCUGGCGAUGUUAAAUUAAUUUCGGAAAGAUGCAAUAAUCUGAAACAUGUGAAAUUCACUCGUGCCUUCUCGGCAGCAACAAUUUCUUCGUUCCUUGAGAAUUGCCCGGGGCUAACAUCUUUUUCUGCCAUUGGUCACAAACAGAUAUCUCUCAGUAACGCAUUAUCUCCCAUACGUGAGGGAAAAUGUUCAAAAUUAUUACACCUUGAAUUACCAGAUUGGAAACAUGAGUGUAAAAAUGAAAUCUUAAGAGGAAUUGGGAAAAAUUGUCCAAUGCUUUCAACAUUUACCACUUCGAGUAUUGUCACAAAUACCAUGGCCAGCACCAUCGUCGCUUCAUUUCCAAAUUUACAAAGUUUUACUUGCGGUACGACUACGACCGCUGGAUUUACAAUCUUGGUGUCGGGAUUACCAAAAUUAAAGUGUUUGUCACUUGUUUUUCCCUACAUAAGUUUCGAGACGGCCGCAUCAAUCUCCCAGUAUUUUCCACCACUAGAAUCAUUUAGUCUGAGAAUAAGUUCCUAUCAAGGCUUUGACCACUUUGCAAAACUAUGGGUGCAGGGUGAACAUUAUCUACGUCACUUAGAAUUGGAUUCUGCAAAUGCUUUGUCAGAUGACUCCUUCCUUCCGAUAGCAAAGUAUUGUCAGCAACUGGAGUCAAUAGAGUUGAAAGAUUGCACAAAUCUCACCGAUGUUUCAGUUUCGGCAUUGGCGAGAUGCCGGAACACGAGCUUAAAGAGGUUCACCAUCUUGAAUUGUGAUCAACUCACAGAUCUUGGAAUCUCUGAAUUAUCGGAGCAUUGUCCGAACUUGACGAGGGUCACUAUUCUUGGCUGUUUGAAUAUCACUCACAUCUCACUUUCAAAAAUUACGGAGAAGUGUCAAGGUUUGGUAGAAUUUGCCUUCACCAAUCGUCCGAGGAUGACCGCGGCCGUGGUGAUGGCCCUGGUGAGAUACGAGAGACGUAUGUUAGAGGUAUUGAAUAUCAUGUCUGACAAUCUUGCUACGGCUGAUAUCACCGUGAAGCCUCCCUAUCCGAAGUUCGAUUUAGCCUUAGUAGAAAAACUUGCUCAGACUUGUCCUUCCAUUAGAAGUUUGGGAUUAAGGUUUAACAUGGUGGGAUUGGAUUCCGAUGAAUUAAUUAACUCGAUCCAUAAAUUCCAAAAUUUGGAAUUGAUAUGUAUAGGCAAUAGUAACAAUAAGUUGUUCGAACGUGAACACAUAAAACAAUUGGAAACCCAUCGUAGAUUAAAGGAGGUUGUGUUCAUUGGUGGUGGUGGCAUGGGUGGGGAUGAAUGA